AGUAUCUGCAGAUGGCGAUAUACGCUUCACGAUCAGCUGUAAUUCGAGUUGCUCCAAACGAAACAUUUCUAUCUAAACAUUGAUAUUGCGAUACCUGCGAUCGCGAAUUCGAUCUAUUAUUAACUCCUAUUGAGUAUAAAGUACUGUCUACAUAUAGUAAUUACAUUUAUAUUAAAAUUAUUUCUAAAAUCUGUAAUAUACACGUGUGUAUGCAAGUUUUUUCUAUGCAUGUAUAUGCAAGUUUUUCAAUUACUUAAAACAGGACACAAAUAGAUAUAUUUUACGUGAUGAACAUCUGUAGGUGCAUCCAAAUUGCAACGAUAUCUUCGAUAAAACGUAUAUGGACUUAGAUCCUGCAGAAAUGGUAAAUGAGGUUAAAGAGAAAGUAAUAUUGCACUGGAACUGUCGAGGACUGACAGAGUUACCAGAAAUCAUACGAAAAUAUGGCAACCACAUACAGGAGAUAUAUUUAAAGUGGAAUAAACUUACCACUUUACCACCAUGGAUUAUAGAAUUAUUUAAUGUUACUAAUUUAUAUAUCUAUGGUAAUCUCAUUAAGGAACUUCCUGUAGAACUUGGUAAUAUGUCUCAAUUGACUGUAUUAGAUUUGAGUGCAAACAAAUUAAAAGAAAUACCAUCUUCUAUUGGUAAUCUAAUAAAUAUAGAAUCAUUGUUAUUUAAUGAUAAUUACAUAAAAAAAUUACCAAUGGGUAAGUAUAUGUUUAGGAAAUUUAGUAAAUGCGAGCUCAUAAUUUAUUUUCUUAUAAUACAAAGUGCACUGUCCUCAAUUUACAAAACAGAAAUGAGCCAACUUCAUAAUCUGGAAGUAUUAUCUCUUUCUGGAAAUGAAUUUGUAGCAUUACCAGAGUGGCUUGGUUCAUUACCAAAGCUUAAAGAAUUAAAUGCAGAUAAUAAUUAUUUAAAGGAACUACCUAAUAGAUUGACAUUGGCUCCUAAAGUAUCAGUGAUUUCAGUGUGUUCAAACAGAUUAAAAUAUUUACCAUUAAAUGGUUUCUUGUCAUCUCCUUGCAUAAGAUUUGAUGCAAAUGAAUAUUUAAAUUAUUUAUCUUAUCCUGUCCUCAUCCAAUUGGCUUAUCAAAUUCACACAUCAGUUACUGGUGAUUCAGUGAAUAUCCUAGGCUAUAAAUGUUUCAAAUUAAAAUAUGAUGAUAAUCAAUCAUUGAAUGCAAAUAUCAAAUUAAAUAUAAAAAUAGAUGCAUCAUGCAACAAAAAUAUAGUGAUUGAAUUACCAAGGCAAAUUUUAAGGAUUCACAAUGUUAAUGAAAACAAAAUUGUUUCUUUGUGGGAGCUUGCCCUUAGAAAAGUUUACAGAUUAAAGUAUGCAAUACAUUAUUGGUACUUACAGCAACUUUAUACACAAUUAAUUAUAAAUGAAACUACAAAUGAAUCUAUAACAUUUUGUUUUAGGUAUAAGCAUAUACUUAAUAUUUCUACAUCUCCUAUAAACGUUAAAGUUGUUUAUAAACAAAAUACUAAAAGAAAUUUUGAUUUUUUAAUGUCCUCUAUUAACUGUGCUUCAUAUAAUCUAUUGAUAAAUGGACCAGCCACUAUUUGUGUAAAUUCUCAUUGUCAACAACCAAUUUUCACAGAAGCUUGGAUUAUUGUUGGUAUUAUUCAUCAUAUAUAUUCGAUUCCAACUAUUGCUUUAUGUUGUUCUAGAAGCUGUGCUUUUAAAUUUAUGGCUAAUUCAAGUAUGAUGCUAAAUUUUCGUUGGUAUUGCAUAAAUUGAUGAUAUUUUUUUUUACAUAACUAGUCAAUUAUUCAUUCUUGUAUAUACAUUGUUACCAAAAUAAAAAGAGAUUAUGUUCUUAA